CAUGACAACGCCCUUAAUGCUAUUUUGCUAACGCUAACAAAAUGGCAGCGUUCUUACAGUGGAGAAAAUUUGUCUUCUUUGAUAAAGAUACGGUGAAGGACCCUGCGGAUAAUGGGAAAAACUUUGUUCUUCCAAGCGGAAUAUCGGCUUGUGACUCCGGCCGGGGCCAUAUUGUUCUAGGAGAUAUGGAUGGCAAGGUCUGGCUUUUGACACGCUCCCUGCAGUUGACAUUUUUUCAGGCCUACAAGUUGCGGGUAACACACCUCUACCAGCUGAAGCAGCACAGCAUCCUUGUAUCAGUGGGGCAGGAUGAACAUGGAAUAAACCCUCUAGUAAAGGUCUGGAACCUUGACAAGAGAGACAGUGGAAAUCCUCUCUGCACUAGGAUUUUCCCCGCAAUUCCUGGCAACAAACCGACUGAAGUGUCUUGCCUCAGUGUACAUGAGAACCUCAACUUCAUGGCCAUUGGCUUCACAGAUGGCAGUGUGGUUUUGACCAAAGGUGAUAUCACCAGAGAUCGUCACAGUAAAACUCUGACUCUGCACGAGGGAACCAGCCCAGUCACAGGCCUCGCUUUCCGCCAAGUGGCAAAGGUCACACAUCUGUUUGUUGCCACUCUGGAGAAAGUCCAUUGCUACACCCUGUCCAUCAAGGAGUAUCCUAAAGUAGAGCUUGAUACACACGGCUGUGCACUGCGCUGCUCCUCCCUGGCAGAUCCCUCCCAGGAUUCCCAGUUCAUUGUGGCUGGCGAUGAAUGCGUGUACCUGUAUCAGCCUGAUGAACGAGGGCCCUGCUUUGCCUUCGAUGGACAAAAGCUGUUGGCCCACUGGCAUCGUGGAUAUCUGUUUUUACUCAUCAGGGACGCCAAGUCACCCAACAAGACAGAGUUUGGUAGCAGGGAGAGCUCUCCAUCAGACAAACAGCUUCUGACCAUCUAUGACCUGGACAACAAGUUCAUCGCCUACAGUGCCUCUUUUGAUGAUGUCAUUGAUGUGGUGGCAGAGUGGGGCUCCUUCUACAUCCUGACCAGAGAUGGAAAAAUGUUUGUUCUUCAGGAGAAAGACACGCAGACCAAACUGGAGAUGCUGUUUAAAAAGAACCUGUUUGUGAUGGCCAUAAACCUGGCUAAGAGCCAGCAUCUGGACAGUGAUGGACUGUCGGAGAUCUUCAGACAGUACGGUGAUCACCUUUACCUUAAGGGAGACCAUGACGGUGCCAUCCAGCAGUAUAUUCGCACCAUUGGGAAACUGGAGCCAUCGUACGUCAUCAGGAAAUUCCUGGAUGCGCAGAGGAUCCACAACCUGACGGCAUAUCUGCAAGCCCUGCACAGGCAGUCGCUGGCCAACGCAGACCACACCACACUGCUGCUGAACUGUUACACCAAGCUGAAGGACAGCUCCAAGCUGGAAGAGUUCAUUAAGGUCACCAAUGGCUGCCAUAUUAUAACACCGUUGUCCUCCCGCACUGUACCUCAACAGAGCAGUGAAAGUGAGGUCCACUUUGAUGUUGAGAUUGCCAUCAAGGUUCUUCGGCAGGCCAGCUACCACAGCCACGCUGUUUUCUUAGCUGAGAAACACAUGCACCACGAAUGGUACCUGAAGAUCCAGCUGGAAGACCUCAAGAACUAUCAGGAAGGGCUGCGUUACAUUGGACGGCUGCCUUUCGAACAAGCUGAGAGCAACAUGAAGCGUUACGGCAAGACACUGAUGCACCAUGUCCCUGAAGGUACCACGCUGCUCCUGAAGGGCCUAUGCACCAACUACCAACCAAGCGGAGACGCUGCUGAAAAAGACAGCCUGGAUAGGGGUUGGGUCAACAAGGCCAACUCCGAGGAAUUCAUCCCAAUUUUUGCCAACAACCCUCGGGAGCUGAAAGCCUUCCUGGAGCACAUGAUCGAGGUGGACCCAUGUUCUCCCCAGGGUGUAUAUGACACACUGCUGGAGCUCCGGCUGCAAGACUGGGCACACGAACAGGACCCUGAAAGAAAAAAGGUCCUGCAGGGGGAAGCUGUGUCGCUGUUGAGGAGUGACAACACUGUGUUUGAUAAGGCCCUGGUCCUCUGCCAGAUGCACAACUUCAAAGAAGGUGUCCUCUACCUUUAUGAGAAGGGCAAACUGUACCAGCAGAUAAUGCACUACCACAUGCAGAAUGAGGAGUACGGAAAGGUGGUAGAGGCCUGCAAGCGCUAUGGGGACCAAGAGGGCUGCCUUUGGGAGCAGGCGCUGGGAUACUUUGCCAGAAAAGAAGAGGACUGCAAGGCCUACAUCAGUGAGGUCCUACAUCACAUUGACCAAAACAACCUGAUGCCUCCAUUACUUGUGGUGCAGACACUGGCACACAACUCGACGGCCACUCUCUCCGUCAUCAAGGACUACCUCAUCAACAAGCUGCAGAGGGAGAGCCAACAGAUAGAGGACGAUGAACGCAAAAUCCACCAGUACCGCGAGGAAACUGCUUACCUCCGCUCCGAGAUCCAGGAACUCAAAACGAGUGCCAAGAUAUUCCAGAAGACCAAAUGUAACAUGUGCAACAGCCCUUUGGAGCUGCCGUCUGUUCAUUUCCUGUGCAGCCACUCCUUCCACCAACACUGCUUCGAAAGCUACGCUGAGAGUGAGGCUGAGUGCCCAACCUGCACUCCAGAGAACCGCAAAGUCAUGGACAUGCUGCGGGCCCAGGACCAGAAACGGGACCUGCAUGACCACUUCAACAGACAGCUACGCAGCUCUAAUGAUGGUUUCUCUGUCGUGGCUGACUAUUUUGGCCGAGGAGUGUUUAACAAACUGACUCUGGUCACCGACCCGCCUGGCAGCAAAACUGUUGGCAGUCUAGAAGUCAACCUGCAGAGAGACCUUCUCAUCCACACCAAGAGAAACUGCUAGAAACUUCAGCUUGCGAUUAUGGUCUGAAUCCUACCUGAGCAGGCACUUUGUGUCCAGCUUCAAGCGUCAGCUUGCUUUGCUGCAUGGGAUGUCACUUGAUUUAGCAGCCAAUGCAGCUGCCUGCUUCUAGUACCUGUGAUGGGCCUAUUUGCAUAAUUGUGUUCCAAGUCUGAGUCAUGAUUCACUGGGGACUGUAUAAAUGUACUUUAUGUAGUUUAAAACAUGUAAUAUUGUGUCUUAAAACCUUGCUGAAUCAUACCGUGGACAAUUUCGUUUUGGUGUGUUUGCUUGUACUCAUUCUGUAAUCUUGCACGUAUUAAAAACUGUCUGUCAUUAAUGAAAUUAUUUUAUGUCUGUUCCUCAAAUUAGAGGAUUAAAAUAGUGAAUAAAGUCAUUAUUAAGUGCA